AUGAUCGAUCGUGCAGCUUCGACCUCGCUGGCAGCAGCGCCGUCACUGUUUUCGGCGACCAUGCGUGUCCCGACAGAGAUUGGUAGGGGACGUUCUGGCUGCUUGGAGAGGUUGCCUAGUUUGAAUGAAAUGGAGAGUGCGAGUGCUGUGAAUGGGCUUCCCAGAACUGAUGUUACCGAGAGCGAGUUUUGGAAGGUUAUGCAGGAAGAUAAUGGGGGAGCAGAUGUUUGUUAUGCAAAUUCACAGUUGAGAGGAUGGUGUCAAGGAUCAGAGAUGUGGGCUCCCAAUUUAUAA